AUGGCCUUGAAGAAUCUCACCGCCGCGAUGAACGAGACCAUGCGCGCUGUUGUCUGGCAGGGAAACGCCUUCGAAGUGGCCGUACUGGACGUACCGAAGCCGACCAUCAUCAACGCCAGCGAUGCCAUUGUCCGUAUGAGCAGGGCUGCCAUCUGCGGUUCAGACUUGCACAUUUACCGUGGAACGCAGGCUGGAGCACCAGCUCCAUUUGGGCUUGGCCAUGAAGGUGUGGGCUACAUCGAGCAGACCGGGGACGGCGUCUCCUCUCUCUCUGUGGGCGAUGCUGUUAUUGUUCCAUUCAACACGGCAGAGGGACAUCUGCACACUGGGCUCACGAUAACAAUGUACGGCGGCUACGGCAACGGCGGGGAUCUUGGGGGCACGCAGGCCGAAUACAUCCGCAUCCCGUUCGCUGAUGAGGGACUGAUACCCAUACCAUCGAGCCAUGCAAACAACAGCACAGACAACGACAUGCAGGCACUGAUGAACGACUAUGUCAUGCUCUCCGACAUCUUCGCAACUGGCUGGGCAGCUCUAGACUUUUCUGGCUUCAGCGCUGGCGACACCGUUGCCGUGUUUGGAGCCGGGCCUGUAGGCCUCAUGACGGCUUACUCCGCAAUCAUCCGAGGAGCAUCUACUGUCUAUAGCGUGGACUAUGUGUCGGAGUGCCUGAGUCUCGCUGAAUCCAUCGGCGCCGUGCCUAUCAAUUUUCGCCAAAGCGACCCGGUCCAGCAAAUCAUGGCCCUUGAACCGAACGGCGUUACCCGGAGCGUCGACGCCGUCGGCUACGAACAGGUCAACCGAAACCUCACCGUGCAACCAGACGUCAUUAUACACAACAUGCUUCGUGUCACUUCGACUGGUGGCGGGAUGGGGACGGUAGGAGUGUACAAGCAACCCUCCAACAACACGGCUACUGCACCCCGAGCGGCUACAUUUGACCCAGAAGUCAAUUUCUCGAUGAGCGAUUUCUUUUUCGGCGAGUUCAGGUGGGAAGCUGGGCCUUCGAAUCCGAUCGACCUUGCCCCAGAACUUGUUCAGCUGGUCAAUUCUGGAAGAGCUCGGCCGGGUUUCCUUGUGAGCGACAUCAUCAGUAUCGAGGACGCACCAUCCGCAUACAGACGAUUCGAACGGCACGAUAAUACGAAAGUGGUCAUUGCGUUCGACUGA